UUCAGGUGAUGGAUCAAUUCCGUACGGGAGGCCCGCAGCGGGAAUUCGUUGCGGCAGCCGAGGAUAUAGCAGAUGAUGUGUUACGUCGUACCAGAGGAUGGAAUACGAAUGUGGUUCCAAUGGGAAGAUCAGCGUCAGUUUAUGCAGGAGUCAUGGUCAUGUGGAUGGUUUUUGGCAACACUUUUUGUUGUCUAUAACUUCUUCGGACAAUUCGUACCUGUCAUCAUGAUAAUGCUCCGGAAGAAGGUAGCGAUUGCAUGUGCUAUAUUGGGGUCCAUCGUCGUACUGCAAACUGUAGCUUAUCACAUUCUAUGGGAUCUGAAGUUCCUCGCUAGAAAUGUAGCAGUUGGUGGAGGAAUCGUGCUACUCCUAGCUGAAACUCAGGAAGAGAAAUCAUCACUUUUUGCUGGCGUACCAACAAUGGGUGACACGAAUAAACCGAAAUCCUACUUGUUAUUGGCAGGCCGUGUGCUUUUGAUAUUUAUGUUUACAUCAUUGCUGCACUUUGAAAUGAGUUUCCUGCAGGUUAUCGAGAUUGUGGUAGGAUUCGCUUUGAUUAUGCUAGUAUGUGUUGGAUACAAGACCAAGCUCUCUGCCAUGUGUCUCGUUGUUUGGCUUUUCGGUCUCAAUUUGUGGCUUAACGCCUGGACAACUCUUGUUAAAGGAAAGAAAUAA